AUGGCUCGUGGACCUAAAAAGCAUUUGAAGCGUUUAAAUGCUCCUAAAGCAUGGAUGUUGGACAAGCUUGGAGGUGUUUACGCACCUCGGCCAUCUACUGGUCCGCACAAACUUCGCGAGUGCCUGCCACUUGUUAUUUUUCUACGUAACCGCUUAAAGUAUGCGCUUACCGGUAAUGAGGUACUCAAAAUUGUGAAGCAACGUUUGAUCAAAGUAGAUGGCAAAGUACGCACUGACCCCACAUACCCUGCUGGAUUUAUGGAUGUGAUCUCAAUUGAGAAGACAAAUGAACUGUUCAGGUUAAUUUAUGAUGUAAAGGGACGUUUCACCAUUCACCGUAUCACACCUGAAGAGGCUAAGUACAAGCUGUGCAAGGUGCGCCACGUGGGCACGGGCCCUAAGAACGUGCCGUACCUGGUGACGCACGACGGGCGCACGCUGCGCUACCCGGACCCGCUGAUCAAGGUGAACGACUCCAUCCAGCUCGACAUCCACACCGCCAAGAUCAUGGACUUCAUCAAGUUCGAAUCGGGCAACCUGUGCAUGAUCACGGGCGGGCGUAACUUGGGGCGCGUGGGCACCAUCGUGUCGCGCGAGCGCCACCCCGGCUCCUUCGACAUCGUGCACGUGCGCGACGUGACCGGCCACACCUUCGCCACGCGCCUGCACAACGUGUUCAUCAUCGGCAAGGGCACCAAGGCCUACAUCUCGCUGCCGCGCGGCAAGGGCGUGCGCCUCACCAUCGCCGAGGAGCGCGACAAGCGCAUCGCCGCCAAGCAGGCGGCCCAC